GAAAUCUCUACGCUGCCUUUUCACAUUGUUGUCUGGAUUCCUAUAGGUUGUCGCCCUGUUUGUUCCCAGACCUGUUGGAGACUUUCUUCAGAUCUGUUUGGGAUAUUUUCUGCUUCACAGGCUAUUAAGAGUUUGAGGUUGAUGGUCAAGGAAGUAGAAGAAGAAGGAGAAGUGGGUGGGUAUACUUCACUUUUUCAUCUCAGAACGUGGGCCAAAAUUUUAUUUUAACGCUUCUGAUAUGGGCAGUUCCUUCUUAUUAAUAUAGCCACGACUGGCUGCAGCAGAAGCCCACCAAUUCCCACGACUUACUAUACCCGUAACUAAAGUGCUAUAAAUAUGUUCAUAGCAUACAAAUAUCGGUCCAUUGCCUGUCCGAAGCAAAUACUCCGCAAGCCGUGGCAAAUGACUGGCCUAUUGCCACGCCCUAGGCUAGCUAGUGGCUAUAUAUCAUCAAUAGCCACGACUAACAUGGAUUCGUGGCUAAAGUCCGUGGUUAAAAGUCUGCAUUUUUGUAGUGCAAAUUGCUUCUAUAAAUCAAGCCUUAGUUAAAUGGCAUGAAACUGAUGGUUGUAUUUCUUUGAUUAUGGAUUUAUUGGUUGAACAUGAUGUCUUGUCUAAUUCUAAGGUUCCAGCUUAUAAGGAUAACCGUGUAGAUGUUAAUGUUAGACUUUGUCGAAGGAAAUUAAGCCAAGGUUCAUACACUGCUGCGAUCAGGGUUCUUACUUCUAAUGGUGUUGCCCCUUUAUCUGACAACACUUUGGCUGACUUGCAACUUAAGCAUCCAUAUGCACCUCCGCUACCUUGCCUAAUCUACCAUACGGAGUUUCUGCAGCAUCUUCUAGUUCGGAUAUGGUUCUUAACAGGAUUCGUAGUUUUCCCAAAGGUACUUCGUGUGGCAGAGAUGGACUUCAUGCGCAACAUUUUCUAGAUGCUCUUAGUGGUUCUGCCGCGGCUGUUGCAGAUGAUCUUCCUGCCUCCACCACAACAAUUGUUAAUCUCUUACUGGCUGGUAACUUCCCCUCCCAACUUGGUAUGUUUUUUGCUAAUGCACCUCUUACACCCUUGCUUAACCAGGUGGCGGUAUUAGGCCAAUUGUUGUGGGUACUAUUUGGAGAAGGCUUGGUAUUUAGAUGAUGGUACCAUUAUCGGAGAUACUAUGAUGGUUUCUCGGGCCUUCCAUAUCAUCAAGAAUGAAGGAGCUGUUGUAGGGCUUGAUUUUAACAUUCAGAAAAAUAAAGUUUUUUGGUCAUUUGUUGACCUGAGGAGUACUCAGUCAACUUGUUUGUGACAAAGUACAAAAGACUACACGGUUAAUGGAUGUUGUGCAUAAGUUACAUGAUCCACAGAGUGAGUUGUUGCUGCUUUGCAACUGUGCAGGUGUUUCUAAACUCUACUUUACUUUGCGCACUAUCGCACCUUGUUAUGUGAGUGAUGCUCAGGUUAUGUUUGAUAACUAUCUUUCCAAUUAUAUGAGAAACUUGGUGACUGGUGAUGGUCCAGGAUAUGGCUUGUUACAGCAGCGGGUUGUUUCUUUACCCAUCCGAGAUGGUGUCCUAGGUAUCUAUUCUAUGUUUGAUACCAUGCAGUACUGUUAUUUGGCGUCUUGUUCUCAGACUUUACAAUUGCAAGAGACCAUCCUACAAGGUUUGGAUAUUCCAGUUAAAGGCUUAGCAUAUCAGAAUGCUUUUGACAAUUUCCUUCAGGACUAUCUUCUUGCUAUUCCUGCUGAUGGUUUGGGACAAAAGAUUGGGCCACGACAGUUUAGUGCGGUGCUUAGUUACAGACUCGGUAUCCCCUUGUUUAAUGCCAACAGUUCUUGUAUGUGCUGUAAUAGAGACAUGGAUGUUUAUGGAGAUCAUGCGCUUCAUUGUGCUAGUGAGGUUGGUAUUAAGUUUCGUCAUGAUAUUGUUAGAGAUACUUUUGGGGACAUUUCUUAUCGUGCUAGUGUACCUUAUAAAAUUGAAGCAAAUUUGGGGUUCCUUUCUCAUGAUGGUGGUGAUGCAAGGCCGGCAGACAUCAUGGUCUACAUUUGGGAAGACGGGCAUGAUACUUGUUUUGAUGUUACUGUGGUUUCUCCUUUUGCUGGAGGUGGCGUGCAAGCCUUUACACCGGGUCUAGCCUUGGCUAAAGCUAUCGAGCGCAAACGUGUCAAAUAUCUCGAUGUAUGCAAUGCUAAUGGUUAUAGUUUCCGUACCCUAGCUUUUACUACUUUGGGUGAACUUGGUAUUCAAUCUAUUGAGCUUUUGAGAAGGUUGAAGUCCUACAUAGCUAGACAUGAUGUAAAAGUAAAAGUUGGUAAUUUUCUUUUCAUUAGAUUAGGUUUAGCUAUUCAAAAAGCCUGUGCAUGUGUUCUUUUAAAGUCUUCCAAGAAGAAUGGCAAAUUGAAAGUUGUGAUUGAUGUAGAAGCGUCUGAUGAAGACCCAAAGGCUGUUGAGGAGGAACCUGAGGACAUGGAGGAUAUCGAGGAUACCGACCUUAGUCCUCAUUUAGAUGAUAUUGAUGAAGACUUUGCAAAGGAUAGUCGUAUCCCUGCUCGUGUUGUUUCUGUAGAAGGUGAUAACCUUCAUGUCGAUGUAGGCUCUUUGUUGGUGAGCCAAGUGACCACUCAGGUGACUGCGGUACCUGCUCCUUUGCUAGAGGUUACUGCAUUUUCUGCUCCCUUGGGACGAUCCUGCUUUCAUUAUACUACUUUCUAG